AUGCAAUCCCAGCCACGCAGGAUUUUCCUGGGCAUGUUGAACCAGGACAACCUCCAGCUGAAGCUGGAAAGCAGCUGGGAGAUCAGAAGCAGGACCCGGAGGACUCCGAGCUGGCUCUGGGUCCGACUGUCGACGCCCAGCUCCCGGGCCCACCAGUGUCUUGGGAGCGGUCGGAUGAUGCUGCAGACAUCAGCUUAG